UCCUCCUUCGAUCGUUUUUCUCCGCUGCAUUCGUGAGAGUGAAAAUGGAGUCUGGGCUAAGCGAGAUCGGAAGCACGAAGAUGUUCGAUGGCUUCAACAAAAGAUACAAACACUACAGUGAGACACUUGGCUGUUCCAUGAUUUUCUCCAUCUACUUCCCUCCUUCUUCUUCAUCUUCCCGUAGAUCCCCUGUGCUUUACUGGCUCUCUGGCCUCACCUGCACUGACGAGAACUUCAUCAUCAAGUCAGGAGCUCAACGUGCUGCUUCCACUCGCGGCAUUGCUCUUGUUGUUCCAGAUACUUCUCCAAGAGGACUCAAUAUUGAAGGGGAAGCAGACAGCUACGACUUCGGUGUAGGAGCUGGAUUUUACCUCAAUGCUACUCAGGAGAAGUGGAAGAACUGGCGUAUGUAUGACUAUAUUGUCAAAGAGUUGCCGAAACUCCUGAGUGAUAACUUUACUCAGCUUGACACAACAAGGGCAUCUAUCUCUGGACACUCCAUGGGUGGGCAUGGAGCUCUUACUAUUUACCUGAAGAACCUCGAUAAGUAUAAGUCUGUGUCAGCAUUUGCACCAAUUGCCAAUCCCAUAAACUGCCAGUGGGGACAGAAAGCAUUCACCAAUUAUCUAGGUGACAACAAGGCUGCUUGGGAGGAAUACGAUGCCACUUGUCUUAUUUCAAAGUUCAACAAUCUGUCUGCCACAAUUCUUAUUGAUCAGGGAGAAAACGACCAGUUCUUCCCUGAUCAGUUAUUGCCAAACAAGUUUGAAGAGGCUUGCAAGAAAGUGAAUGCGCCGCUCUUACUGCGUCUGCACCCAGGAUACGACCACUCCUACUACUUUAUUGCAACCUUCAUCGAAGACCACAUCACUCACCAUUCUCAAGCUCUUAAGCUGUAGCUCACUCCAGUUGCUCGAUAUCAUCAUCCAGCAUUGGCUUUGUCCACAUAUUAAUAUCAAUAAAAGGAAGUGGACUUGUUAUGUUUUGUGUUCAAUAACUGUUUUGUGAGGUGUGUUUGUCUUCUAUAAUAAAAAGAUCUUCAGUUCCAUGAUA